CAUAAAACCGCUUUUGACUGGUCAUUCCAUUUCCGAUUCAAACAUCUCAUAAAACGACAUUAGGGUUUUCAGUCUUCUUCAUUACGUGUCUUGAAAAGAAAGAAAAACAAACAGUACUUAGAAAUGGCGAUGAGAGCAUCAGUGAAUAAGAUUUCUCCCAGUCGUUUAAUGGAAGGAACACGAAUGUUUGCUCCUCGGUACUUCAGUGAUAAAUCUGGUAGAGUUCUUGGUGACGAGGAAUUAGCUGCUGAAAAUAUAUGGAUUAAGAAAAUGGAGAGGGAAAAGUUGGAGAAAAUGAAGCAGAAGUUGGACAAGGAAAUUGCUGAAGCAGAAAAGAAAGCUGCAGCUGACAAGAAGCCUGAAAGCAGCAAGUAAAGAAGGUUGACAGUUAUAGGGUCAUCUCCAAGUUGAUGAUGAGCUAUUCCAGUUCUUGUCUUGCUACUUUCGAUGAUGUCGAAUAAAGUUUGUUGUUUCCAUGGACCUCUUGGCAGACUAUGGUGUUUGUAUAGAAUGUUUUACCACUUCUUGACACGUUCGUGUGUUGGCAAGUAAAAGACCCUUGAUCAAUUUGUGUUUUCUUGGUUGCACA